AUGGAAGGUGGAAUUCAUGUUGGAAAUAAAACCGAUUUAGAAUUUUAUACAGUUGAAGUUGGUGAUACAACAUUUCGUAUAUUACGUCGUUAUGUUAAUCUUCGUCCAAUUGGAAGUGGAGCUCAAGGUUUUGUUUGUGCAGCUCUUGAUUUAAUAACCCAAACAAAUGUUGCUAUUAAAAAAUUAUCUCGACCAUUUCAAAAUGUAACACAUGCUAAAAGAGCAUUUAGAGAAUUUUCAAUUAUGAAAUUAGUUAAUCAUAAAAAUAUAAUAUCAUUAUUAAAUGCAUUUACACCAUCAUUAACAAUAGAUGAAUUUAAUGAUGUAUAUAUAAUUAUGGAAUUAAUGGAUGCAAAUCUUUGUCAAGUUAUACAAAUGGAUUUAGAUCAUGAAAGAAUAAGUUAUCUUUUAUAUCAAAUGUUAUGUGGAAUAAAACAUCUUCAUUCAGCUGGAAUUAUUCAUAGAGAUUUAAAACCUUCAAAUAUUGUUGUUAGAUCUGAUUGUACAUUAAAAAUUCUUGAUUUUGGUUUAGCUCGAACAGCUGGUACAUCAUUUAUGAUGACUCCUUAUGUUGUUACAAGAUAUUAUAGAGCACCUGAAGUUAUUCUUGGAAUGGGUUAUAAAGAAAAUGUUGAUAUAUGGUCAGUUGGAUGUAUAUUUGGUGAAAUGAUUCGUGGUCAAGUUAUUUUUCCUGGAUCAGAUCAUAUUGAUCAAUGGAAUAAAAUAAUUGAACAAUUAGGAACACCAGCAAGAGAAUUUUUAUGUCGUUUACAACCAACAGUUCGAAAUUAUGUUGAAAAUCGACCAAAAUAUGCUGGUUAUUCACUUGAAAGAUUAUUUCCUGAUCAAUUAUUUCCACCUGAUUCCGAACAAAGUAAAUUAACAGCAUCAUUAGCUCGUGAUCUUCUUGGUCGAAUGUUAGUUAUUGAUCCGGAAAAACGAAUGUCUGUUGAUGAAGCUCUUAAUCAUCCAUAUAUUAAUGUUUGGUAUGAAGAUUCGGAAGUAAAUGCUGCAACUCCAGGUCAAUAUAAUCAUUUAGUUGAUGAAAGAGAAUAUACAGUUGAACAAUGGAAAGAAUUAAUAUAUAAUGAAGUUAUUCAAUAUGAAUUUGAUCAAAUAAAUAAAUAUACUAAUGGAGAUAAACAACAAUCUAUUGAUCAACCAAUGGAAUAA